AUGUCUCUCAGAAAGCCCCCGCUUCCCCGUCUCCUUCUUGACAAUGUUUCUUGCAUGAGGAAUGCCCAACAAAUCUUGAGACAUGUAAAUGCCUCCAUUCAUGAUGGUGGAGCACUUGUACUGAUGGGCACUAAUGGCUCAGGCAAGACUACCUUCCUGCGUAUGUUGGCUGGAUUUUCUCGUCCUUCAGCUGGUCAGGUCCUGUGGAACGGGCAUGACAUCACAGAUUCAGGUGUUUUCCACCAGUACAAGCUUCAACUUAACUGGCUCUCCCUUAAAGAUGCCGUGAAGGAGAAGUUCACAGUUCUGGACAAUGUUCAGUGGUUCGAAGUUCUUGAAGGCAAGCAGGGGAAUUCAAUGCCAGCUUUGGAGCUGAUGGGGCUCGGGAGACUGGCAAAGGAGAAAGCAAGAAUGCUGUCGAUGGGGCAGCGGAAAAGGCUGCAGCUUGCGAGGUUGCUGGCAAUGGAUAGGCCAAUCUGGUUGCUUGAUGAGCCUUCUGUUGCUUUGGACACUGAGGGGCUGAAGUUGCUUGAAUAUAUCAUUGCAGAGCAUAGGAAGAAAGGUGGAAUUGUGAUUGUGGCUACACAUCAGCCAAUUGAGAUUGAAGAUGCCAUGUAUUUGAGGCUGCCACCUAGGUUCCCAAGGAGGAUGACUCUGGUAGAUAUGCUUGAUCGUUCGGAUUUUUGA